GAGAGUUUGUCUGAAAUCUGGUGAUGUUUUUCGACUGUUGCUUGGUUUUGCUCGACAAAGCUUUGGCCAUCGUGAUCUCGACAAAAACAUCUCUCUGAAUCUCAUUUUGGGCCAAAGGUCAGAGGCUGAUAAAGUGGAAAACAAUUAAGAAAACAGACAGUGAAGACCCACCUGAGGACGUCACAUUUGGAGGGUAAAGGUCGAAGGGCGAGCUGGAUUAUUGAUUGGAGUGUCAGCUGUCUCCUGAGGGAUCUGUGGAGACGGAGGACAGAGGACACGGAGAUUAAAAGAAGAGAAGUGACAGAGAUCAGAGUGUCAGACGUCAUCAUGGGCUGCAACAUGUGUGUGGUGAAGCGUCCGGAGGAGCAGUACAGGAUCAUGUUCCAGCAAAAAGGCUGGAGUGACUCCCUGCGGCCGCUGGACAGACACGGAAACAUAAAGGUCAGAGGUCGCAGGCCCUCUCAGCUGCCGCUGGACAGACCGCAGAGCUCCCAGGAGCCUUUGCAGCAGCCUGGGCCUGUCCGUAAGAGUCACAGGAGAAAAGGUACGUUAGUGUGCAGCGGGAACGGGACCGGGAGCAGCUCCAUCUACUCCGUUGCCAUGGUGGCCAUCCCCGACUGCGUCGACAACGGCACGCAGACGGACAUCAGCUUCCAGAACAUCGUGCCGGUGGGGAGGAACCGAGGUCACCACCACCACGGCCGGGGAGGCGGCUCCUCCUCCCCUCCACCGCCUCCCCCCUCCCCUCCCCUCCCUCACCUCGUGGGACCAUACGGGAUCAACGAGUUCUGUGUGUUCGAGUACAACGACCCCGAUGACUACUUUGACGUCUCCAACCACGAGGUGGACAGGCAGGACGACCUGGAGUAUGAGGAGGUGGAGCUGUACAAAUCCAGCCAGCAGGAGAAGCUCGGUCUGACGGUCUGCUACAGGACGGACGACGAGGAGGAUCUUGGGAUUUACGUCGGAGAGGUGAAUCCAAACAGCAUAGCAGCCAAGAAUGGACGCAUCAGAGAAGGGGACCGCAUACUUCAGAUUAACGGAGUGGAUAUUCAGAACAGAGAGGAAGCAGUGGCCAUCUUGACCCGAGAGGACAGCAUCAACUUCUCACUGCUGCUGGCCAGGCCAGAUAUAGAGAAUGAAAACCCUGUUGGUCCUGAGGAAGACAUGGACCUGACUCUGGAAGGAGGAGACUUCCACCCAAACCCCCGAGCCUCCUCCUGCUCCCUCACUUCCACUCACCCCUCUGGAUAUUAUCGCCUCUGCCGGGGCGGAGGAGGAGGAGGAGGAGGAGGAGGAGGAGACCUGGCCUGCGCGGGGGGAGCAGGAGGUAGAGAGGGUGUGGAGGGUGAUGUGGACGUAGAGGAGGAAGAUGAGGACGGGGAGGACGGAGAGAGAGGAGAGAAGGAGGACAGAGACCCACCCGUGCCCCUCCCUCCUCUGCUGAGCCUGGCUCCUCUGCUGUCCAACAGCCAGGAGCUGGACAGCGGAGUGGGCCGGACCGACGACAGCACCCGCUACGAGGAGUCGUCCGAACACGACCUGCUGGGUGAUCAGACCAGCGCCUGUAACACCAACACCACCAACACACCAGGCAGCACCAGGAAGUUCAGAGCGGGACCCAGCCCCAGGCCCAGUCCUAGACCCAGCCCAGGACUCGGCCCCAGCCCCGGGCACGGCAGAGGAGACACCACCCCUCCUUUCCUCCACCUGCGAGACCUCCAGCUCAGCUCCGACUCCCUCCUCGGCCUGGACUGGGCCGCCGGAGGAGGAACGGGAGGAGCAGCGUACAGCCCCCACCACCAUCACCACCACCACAAGCACUACCACCACCAUCACUACCAGCCCCCUCUGGCGAUGAUGAUGCCGGGCCUGACGGAGGAGGAGUGCCAGCGAUACCAGGAGCUGCUGGAGAUCAAGUGCCAGUACGAGAAACGCCACGAAAAACAGCAAAGAGACGCGGCGAAAACUGAGUGUGACGACGUGGAGGCGGAGCUGAAAGAGCAUGAAGAGAGAAAAGAGGCAGAGGCGGGAGGAGAGGAGGAAGCUGCCUCUUCUUCUUCGGUGAUGGACGGGAGCUGCAACGCGACUUUAAGCGAGCACGAGAUGGCGCUGAUCGAGGAGGAGCUACGCCACCUGGAGUUCAAGUGCCGCAACAUUCUGCGAGCGCAAAAGAUGCAGCAGCUCCGGGAGAGAUGUCUGAAAGCCUGGAUGAUGGAGGAGGAGACGGUGGCGGCCGGAGCGGCGCGAGCAAGUCCCGAAGCAGGUGACCCCCAACUGACGCACAAAUGA